AUGGUCCACACAUUCCAAGGCCUCCUUGAGAAACCUAUGAACGCACCAGAAGCCAUCCAGCUCGUUGCGACGCAACUGUACGGGCGGCGCCGCAUGGGUGCGUGGUCCCAAGCCGAAAUCGACUACGCCUACCACAUGUCAAGAGCGUUCAAGGAGGGCCUCUUUGACGGCGGUAUCCCCGAGGGGGAAAGCGUGCGCUUGUGGCUCGCGAGGCUGCUCAAUUGUUCCCCCAUGCGACUGAGCAAGAAGUUUGACCGCGAGUCCAAGCUGCUGGGCAUGUGUUUUUUCGCCAAGAAACAAGUGGCCCUGGAUGCGAUGUCCCCCCAAGAGCGACAGGACCGAUAUGACGCCAUGGAAUCAGCCCGCCUGCGGUUUAUGAAGAGCCUCGGCAGCGAGAGGUAUCACCAGCACGUCCAGCCUACGUUUGCGUUGAGGCAGCAGAAGCGAGCGGCCGUCGAAAGAACUCCCGUCCAGACCGUGAAACAAGAAACUUCCAAGAUGGACGAGGUUGUAGCGUGUCGAGAGUCGCUGGAUCUGUAUUCCAUUGACAUGGUCGAGUUCGAUCGGUGGUUGUCAGAGUUUGACGACACGGCGCUGAAGUACGAGCUCAGGGAAUUGGAGAUCGUCGUGUGA